AUGUCGACCAACACGGAAACCCCGUCAGCCAUCCCGGUAAUCCUCCUGGGCGAGUUCGAGACGACGGCAAAAGCCUUUAGCGAGGCCAUAUUGCCUGAUUUUGAGGUCGUCUACCUCUCCACAAUCCCCGACCUAGCCAUCAAAGCCCUCCCCAGCGUCCUCCGCGGCCAAGCCCCAGCGUACCUCCAACCCUCCGACAAGGCCAAACUCGAGACCGCCAGCAGCGCCCCCAAAGCCAUCAUCAUCGCCGGCCCGGCCUUCGACGACGUCUUCAUAACCAACGCGCAGCAGACCAUCGCCGCCGCUGCCGACGACUUACACGUGCCUUUCUUCAAGCGCGAGGACAACGGCUUGAUCAUCGAUGGUGCUGGCAGUGCCGAUGCGGUUGCGGUUGCGGUUGCUAAGACGCCGGAUAUCGAGGAGUUGGCCGCGCGCGUGGUCAAGGUGUUGAAGAAGGCGGUUGAGGAGGGCAAGUUGGAGGGCGAGGAUGAUGGUGUUUAUGUUUAUUAG